UAGAUCUAAAAAUGAUGUUACUGAACCCCAGUAAUGUGUCUGUGCAAAAUUAUCAGUGUCUAAUGAUUUAAUCGAAAUGCGUUUAUACACCUCCAAAGAAAUUCACUUAAACUCGCUCCUUCCCACGUUGUUUCAAUGAUGUUAAAUUGUUACAGCAUUUGUAGAACAUGGAAGUUGAAAACUUCUUUGGUUGUUAUUUAUUACAUUCUUUGAAUGAAAAAUAUAAAGGUCGUACUUAUAUAGGGUUUACUGUUGAUCCUAACCGCCGUAUAAAGCAACAUAAUAAAGGACUAAAAGCAGGUGGUGCGUGGAAAACGAAUGAUAAAGGACCAUGGGAUAUGGUUCUUAUUAUCCAUGGAUUUCCUAAUGAUGUGUCUGCUUUAAGAUUUGAAUGGGCAUGGCAAAAUCCUCUGAAGUCCAGGAGACUACGCCAUGUGCCAAAGAAAAUUCCAAGAGAAAGUGCUCUGAAAUAUAGAUUUCGGGUUAUGAGUGAGAUGUUGCAAGUUGGACCAUGGAAUCGACUUCCUCUUACUGUCCAGUGGUUAAAUGUUGCUUAUAAAAUAGAUUUUGAAGUGUCAAAGUUACCUCCAUUGCAUAUUCCUAUCUGCAUAGGACCUAUUCAACCUUUGAAAGUUAAAAAAUCUGAAGAUGGUGAUGAUGAUAAAGCAGCUUUGCACUUCUGCUUCCUUUGUAAUAAAGUUGCAACAAAAGAAAAUAUGUUUAUCUGCUUCAAUACCGAGUGUUUAGAAGCAUUUCAUGUUGUAUGCUUGGGACGGAAAUUUGUUAGUUCAUCAGGCAAUAAGUUUCUUAUUCCUAUCGAUGGCUCUUGUCCUAAGUGUAAUGUUGCUACACUUUGGGGUGAUGUUAUAAGAUAUGCAUCUGGAUGUUUUCGUAAAUCAUCUAGUUGAUAUGUACUAGACAUUUUUGAUAUUUUUGUAACAAUUCAGAGUUUUAACUAUAUAUUUUUAUUUUUAAUAAAAUGAGUUUUAUC